AUGCGUUGCUAUUUAAGACGUCGGUUCUUAGUUGGUUCUCAGUUGGUCGGUUUCUGGGUUGGUUGGUCGGGUUCCCUGAGACGAGGCGAGUGGGGGAUGGGCUGUCAGGUGGAUCAACAGCAGCGGACGCAGCAGUGGGCGGAGGAGGGGGUCGUUCAUGGCCAUAUUCACAACUACAACAACGUCACGUAUAUCCACGGGCAUGUCCACAGGAAUGGGAGGGCAGGGGAGGAUGGGGCUGGGGAGGGUGGGGCCAGUGGUCCGUUGUCCCCGGAACACUCAUUGCUGUUGCAGCAACAAGAGGGAAGGCAUGCGCUCGCGGAUGAGUGUGAGAACUUUGAGUUCUUCGAUUUCCAUGGGGAUGUGGCCUUUACUGGUGGUGCGCCGUACUACCCGCUCGUGCCGUUGCCCAAUGGUGGUACCGCAGGUGCUGGUGUCUCGUCGCUGGGGCAGAAACGGUUGUUGGAGCAAAGUUGUCGCCCGAGUGCCAGUGCCAAGAGGGUAAAGUCCGAAGGUGCGAGAUUGGCCGCUGGGUCGCCCGCUCAGGGGGAUGACUGUAGUUGUGCUCCACAGGUACUAGAAGUCUGUUGCGAUGUAGACCAUAUGGAGAGCAAGGACCCCUGUGUAGAUGCAGGUGCAGUCGAGUCCACGACCGCAAAAGUACCGCCAUUCGUGCAAACGACAACGACUACCAACUCUAGGUGUCCGCCUUGGAACUACCACGAUGAGCUGUUGCACGGGGGGGCCGUCCCCAGUAGUAGUCAAUUGAAUGCGACUAUGAAACAGUUUAUAGACCUGAGUUGCGACUUGGACUGUGCGUCGUUGGGGCUCCCACCACCGGAACGAUUGCCCAACAACUCGGGUUCGAUCAUGCAGAACAGUAAAGACCAAGUGGCCGUAGACUUCUUCGAUAGGUACUGCCAACUCUGCGAGAACAACGAGGCUCACCAGCAGCAUGUCUACGGGGACAACGACGCCGCUGCUAAAAUCGGUAAACAACACGCUCACGCGGCGACGGUGCCCCUGGAGAACCAAUUGAAAACAGCAGAUAUGAAGAUCCUCGAGGACCUUUGUAACAUCUCCUCGCUCUACGAGGCACCGCUGGCAAAACACAUGAACCACACGCAUCAUAACCACCUCGAGGAACCCACGGCCUCGGGAGGGAACACAACGGAAAAUCUUAACCUGCUCGGUGGCAUUACCAGGACUGAAUCCAGUGAACCACGGGAGAACGUGACCCAACAGCACAGCAACGGACACAACAACAAUUACCACCACCACCAUAGAGUACACUUGCACCCACAUAUCAAGGAUCCAACUUUAUCACAACAGACGAUACCGCUCACUCCGAAUAGCUUGUUGACUGCGGGUGGGGACGACCCACGCAACACAAUAGACUUCAACUGGAUUUUUAAGAAGAACGAGCCUGAUGCUCUCCAUUGCAGAUGGGACCAGUGUUCGCACACGAGUCCCUUUGAAAACCUGAUAGACUUGCAAAAGCAUAUGUUCAUGGAACACAUCCCACAGAGCACCAGUUACGACAUCGAUGAUUACUUUUGCAACUGGCAAGACUGUCACUUCCAAGGGCAAGACGUUUGCUCCCUGGUCAACCAUAUCAACGACAACCACGGGAUCAACUUCAACAUUAAAGUCCCAGAACCAAAGGUAAAGCCGGAGAAGCAACCCACUGCAAAACUGAUUCAUACGGAUAUGCGGAACGAACACGAUCCAGUUGAGUGCAAGUGGGGGGGUUGUCACUUGAAGUUCGGCUCUUGCAAAGAGCUGAACGACCAUCUAGAAAACGACCAUCUCCCAAGAGGCCAGUCGCAGUACACCUGUUCUUGGGCCGGCUGCGGUAAGACGUUUACACAGCGACAAAAGAUAGCGCGCCAUUUGAAGGUGCACACCCGCUACAAGCCGUACAAGUGUCCGCAGUGCCAAAAAUGUUUCUCCAGCGACGAAACUCUGAAACAGCACCUUAGGAUCCAUUCGGGCGAGAAACCGUACCACUGCGAUAUCUGUGGCAAACGGUUUGCGAUAUCCUCAUCUUUGAAGAUCCAUGUCAGAACGCAUACGGGCGAAAAACCACUACAGUGCGCCGUCUGCGGCAAACGGUUCAUCGAAUCGUCCAACCUCAAUAAACACAUGAAGACGCACGAGAAGGGGUUCCAGUGCUCGAAGUGCCACAAGAAAUUCCCAAACAAGGGCAAGAUGGAACUCCAUUCAGCGCGUUGCAAGUAG